GAAGGGCGCCAUGCAGGGGCGGAGCCGUCUCAGGUCACCCGGGGCGGUGGUGGCGGAACUGAGGAGUCUGGGCGGACGCCGGGCACCCCGCCACCCACCUCACCUGCGCGGGAGGCGGGGCCGGACGCACCUGCGCGGGCGGGAGGCGGGGCCGGGGAGCAGCCGUCGAGCCGGGAGAGGGCGCGGAGGCGGGAAGCCAGGCGCAGCCCCUGCCCCCCCCGGGGCUGAGAUCCCGCCGCAGGCCCCCCCUGUCCCGGGUUGAGACCCCUCCGCAGGCUUUCCCCGAUUGAGACCCAGCCAUGACCUGGAGCGUCUCGGCGCGGGGCGCGCACCAGCCCGACAACACGGCCUUCACGCAGCAGCGCCUCCCGGCCUGGCAGCCGCUGCUCUCGGCCGGCAUCACGCUGCCGCUCUUCUUCUGCGCCGGCCUGGCUUUCAUCGGCCUGGGCCUGGGCCUCUUCUACUCCUCCAACGGCAUCAAGGAGCUGGAGUACGACUACACCGGCAACCCCGGCACCACCGGCAACUGCUCGCUGUGCGCCGCCGAGGGCCAGGGCCGCGCGCCGCCGCCCAACUGCUCGUGCGCCUGGUACUUCUCGCUGCCCGAGCUCUUCCCGGGCCCCGUCUACCUCUACUACGAGCUGUCCAACUUCUACCAGAACAACCGGCGCUACGGCGUGUCCCGCGACGACGCGCAGCUCAGCGGCCUGGCCAGCGCGCUGCGCCACCCGGCCAACGAGUGCGCCCCCUACCAGUUCAGCGCCACCGGGCUGCCCAUCGCGCCCUGCGGCGCCAUCGCCAACAGCCUCUUCAACGACUCCUUCUCACUGUGGCACCAGCGCCAGCCCGGGGGACCCUACGUCGAGGUGCCCCUCGACCGCACCGCCAUCGCCUGGUGGACCGACUACCACGUCAAGUUCCGCAACCCGCCGCUGGUGAACGGCAGCCUGGCGCUGGCCUUCCGCGGCACGGCGCCACCGCCCAACUGGCACCGGCCGGUUUACGAGCUCAGUCCCGAUCCCAACAACACCGGGUUCAUCAACCAGGACUUCGUGGUGUGGAUGCGCACGGCGGCGCUGCCCACCUUCCGCAAGCUCUAUGCGCGCAUCCGUCAGGGCAACUACUCGGCAGGCCUGCCCCGGGGUGCCUACCGUGUCAACAUCACCUACAACUACCCGGUGCGCGCCUUCGGCGGCCACAAGCUCAUUAUCUUUAGCAACAUCUCGUGGAUGGGUGGGAAGAACCCUUUCCUGGGCAUCGCCUACCUGGUUGUUGGCUCUCUCUGUAUCCUCAUGGGCUUUGUCAUGCUGGUUGUCUACAUUCGCUACCAGGACCAGGACGACGACGACAAUGAUGAUGAGUGAUGCUGCUUCCCAGAGACCCUUUCCUGCUUCUCGGCCAAGCCGCUUUUAGCGGUGGCCCUUUGCUCCUUAACACAACUUUAAGCUCACUGAUCUCUUGUGUUCGAAGGGCCUAGAGAAAGGAAUCACCUGCCUCCUCUUAACAGAUACGACACAGUUCUCAGGUUUUGGACUGUAAAAUGCCAGAUCUUGCGGCGAUUUCUCCCCAUCUCCUCUAUGGCUUACAGAGUUGACAUGUCAGGUCUUGAAAGUCUAUAGCGUUCCAGAGCGAAGGACCGGGGGAAGAUUCCUGGACUGGAACUCAUUAAGACCAGCAGACAGAGGUUGGAUCCCGAUUCUGGGUCUAAGCUUUGGUUCCUUCAGUAACACGGUUUUCUGGGAGGAAGGUAUCGGUGGGGGGAGGAAGGGGUUUAGAUGGAGAGUGGUGGCCACUGAUGGCCUACAGAAGCUUGGAGGAGUGGGGAAAGCGUAUUUGGUAAAAUUUAAGUCGAUGAAGAGGCACCGAGCCUCUCAGGUUCUGACCCAGGAAGGCCAAGACUGGCAACCUUCACUGAAGAGUCCCUGUACCCUUGAAUUUGGGAAUCUUGAGCCAGGCUGGGUCUGGAGCACUCACUUGAUUUUAAUUUUUGGUUUUUUGUUUUUGUUUUUUUUUUUUUUUUUUCAGUAAUAAUUGGUUCCCAUGAACAGUGACAAUCACAGUGCUGGGAUUUGGUCUUAAACACAGGAAGCCUGCAAUUUGUAGAAUGAAUGAGAAAAGUCGCUAGCGCUAGGAAACUAGCACACAGAUCUGCAGGGCAGGCGUGUGCCAACUCGUAAUUAAAUGGAAAAGCAACCUUCACAAGACACUAUGUAAAAACUUGAAAACGCAAGUCCAGUUUGCAUGGCUCAGGGCGAAGUGUCUUAACCUUAGGAACUGACGUGCAAAAUGAUCUUAGCAGGAAGCUGUUUUCCUGGGUCCCUGAGUGUCCCCUUGUCCCCUUUGCUCAGUCCCUUUUGAAACAUCAUCAUCAUCAUCAUCAUUAUCAUCAUCUUUUUUAAUGCUUCAGGGAAUAGUUUAAUUAAUUCAUAUCAUUUUCACGAAGGACUAUCUUAAAUACAGUUUUAAUUUAUUCACCAAUGAGACCCACUUCUAGUGAUCAUGUUUAAAGAAUGCUAAGGAUUAUCUUAUAUGCAAAGUAGACUCUUGAGAUUAUUUCAGCCUCAGUGUCAAAAUCACUCAGCUGAUUGUAUUUGAUUGCCCACAGUUGAUAUAAAGCUAUUCUCAGAGGCAAUUGGGACUUUUUUUUUUAUUUUAAAACCCUCUUUUUAUGGAACAAUAAUGUAAAAGAACUUAAAAAUAAAAUUUCCCAUGAGACCGUCUUCCAGGUUCCCUGAAGAAAACAGUUACUUGCUAUUUGUCAGGGUCCUCUGGUCUCAGAUCCGCAGUACAGUUAUUUUCUACUUCUUGGUGUAUUUUUAUUCCUCAAAGGCAGUUCAAGGUCUUGAAGUAUAUUUUAUUUUUAUGGCGGUCAAAUACUGAGUUCUAUUGAAUAAUUUCCAUUCAUUCUCUUCUUCGGUUCUAGUUGAUACUUGUUUUUGGAUGUACAGCAUGUCUUAGAUUGUCUGGGUCAAAAGUGACUUAAAAUAAUCUUGUCUCAUCUUUAUGUAUAUCAGAAAAUUCUCUAGUAAUUCCAGUGUGCUGGCUUUCUGACUUCUGAUUGUGAUGAAAUUUACUCUCCGAUCACAUACUGUGAUUUUUGACUGUGAAAGGCUGAUCCUUACAUGUGCUUUCAGAAAGUUGGAUUUAUGAUGAGUGUCUGGUUGGUCAGCUCUCUUCUGUGUCAGCUAAUGGAGUUUGCUACAUUUGUCUUUCACUAUAUAGUUGAGGGUAACUGUAUUUUGCUAUCAUUUGUAGAACAUUAGCCUUUUGUUAUAAAUUUUUAUGUGAGACCAUGAAACUUAAAGUCCUGUGAUUAAGUCGUAGUUUCAGGCCUUGUUUUCGAAAGAGAAUAAAGGUUGUGUUUGUCUUUC